AGACAGCCCGGGGUGGGACACACACACGCACUCGUUCGCUCCGCUCCUCACACACAUAUGCACUCUCCUCUCACACGCUCACACCCUCUCUCACACACUAACACGCCGGUGCUUAGGGUGAGAGAAGAACAUUUCACUUGGGGUUUUACACGCCGGACUCACAGCUGAAGUUUGCACGUUCUCUCUGCUUGGAUUACAAAGACUACAGUCUGUGUGUGUGUGUGUGUGUGUGUGUGUAUAAGAGUUCAGUUCCUGUUCUCAGAGGAUUUUCAGAGACAACACUGGAGCUGUGCGUGGACUGAUGUGGCACUUUUUAUGUCUUGAGACUGUCACCGUGUAUCUGUGUGAGUGUGAGUGAGCGUGUAUCUAUGUGUGUGUGAGUGUGUGUGUGUGCGUGCGAGAGACAGGGAGAGUAUGUGCUUUUUGUUUGUCUGUGUGUAAGGUGGGUUCCGUUUGACUGAGUUUGUGUGUUUGUCUACGGAAAAACAUAUGGGCCAGACAGAGUUUGCGUCCUGUGGUGUGUGUGAGUGUGUUGCCACUGGUGUGUGACAGUGUGUGUGUGUAUGUGUGGGACAUGGGGGGCUGUCAGAGUUACUCUGGCGCGGCAGAGACUGAUGGGACGCCCACUCUGACAGCACAAGGCAACGCUCACUCUGGCAACCUCAGCGAUGUCACCCUCCUUAACCUGAAGAAUAACAACUGGCAGUCUCCGGUGUGUGGGGAGAAGAAGCCGUAUCUGCACCCGGAGUGUGUGAGCGAGAGGAUCGCACCGGGCACCUCAGACCUGCUCACGUUCAGCGCCUUACCACAUGGCCUGGACCACAACGAAUGGCUGGCCUCAAACACCAUCUCCUUCUUCCAGCUGGUGAACCUCAUCUCCAGUGUGCUGUCAGAACUCUGCACCUCCACCUCCUGCCCCGCAGCAACAGGACCUGGGGACAGGGUAUACUUUUGGACAGAUGAGUCGGGCAGGAAGUUGAAGUGUUCAGCUCCUCUCUACACGGACUACGCCCUGUCCUACAUCCAGGAACUACUCUUAGAUGAGGACGUGUUUCCAGUCAGGACAGAUGCGGCGUUCCCAUCCGGCUUCCCCUUCCUGGUCCAGAAGGUCUUCCUGUUGAUGUUCCGCACGCUGGCCCACCUCUACAGCGCCCACUAUCCCCAGCUGGUCGCCAUGGAGAUGCACCCGCACCUCAACACCGUCUUCACCCACCUGGUCCUCUUCUGCCAGAGCUUCAACCUGCUGGAGCCGCAGGAGACAGAACCGCUGCAGGACCUCAUCACAGCGCUCACAAACAGCUAACACACACACACACACACACACACGCAAACACACACACACACGCACACACACACACACACACACACACACACACACGCCAGCUGUAGCCGAACCAUUGAAGGAGCUCACCACAGCACACACACAUCUGGAGCUGGAGCCGCAGGAGACCGAGCCACUGCAGGACCUUAUCACAGCACUCACAAACAGCGAACACACACACACACAUACACAUACAAACACACACACACACACACAUAUACACACACAC